AUGGUGUCGCUGGUGGGCAAUGAAGGAGAAAUCUUUAAAAACAUGACCAAAGCAGCUGAUAAACAGUUCCACACGUCAUUUCCCUCAUCGGUUCAGAACAAGACAUUCUACAUUAACACCUUCAUGACAGAACUUCUUCAGGUUUAUUUUGGAACAUCUUCUUCUGACAUGUCACAGGCCGUGGCGAAGGUGUAUGCCCCCUCUCAAAGCCAUGCGGUAGCUCUUCAGGCAGUAAUGAACACUCUUGGUGAUGCUGGAAUGGUUGUCCCCGCGACACUCUUUGCGAGGGCUCAUUCAAAGCUGACCAGCAGUUUGAAAACAGGGAAGAAGACCUACAUGUAUGUGUUUGACCACAUCCCAUCCUUUAUCAUUGGUCAUGGCAAGGGGGUGGAUCAUGGUGAUGACGUCUAUUACACUUUUGGUCUCAACCAAAACGUGGUCGCUAUGGCAAAAGCGUACUCAUACAAUAUAACUGAUCCAGACCAAUCCGACAAGGACAUUGCGCAUACGGUGAUGGGACUGCUCACAGAUUUCACAAGACAUGGUGAUCCCAACAACGCUGUACAGUAUGGCCUGCACCAGACUUGGCCUCAGUUCUCGGAGCCAGGGGAACACUAUCUACUGCUGAAUACCACAAUGUCCGUCGGAUCCAAGCCCUACAAGGACCGGGUCACCUUAUGGACGCAGACACUGCCGCGUCUCCUUCAAGCUGCACAGAACCAGCAUCACACGACGAAGGACCCCAACCCUAACAUUGUCGGUUAGCCAUGCAACGACUGCAAGAUGUUGACUUUUCGAAU